UCUUUUAAAUUUACGCACUUGAAUUUAUUGCCAUCGGGGGAAGCGAAAAAAAGGGUCCUUCUGGGGACUCUUUUCGAGGAGUCUCAGCCGAGAACUUUAAAUUUACGCACUUGGUCUCGCACAUGAAUUUCCCAGAGUUCUGAAAGAAAGCGGGCUCGCUUCUUUCUGAAUUCCAGAAAUUCACUGCUCAGAAAUUUGCUCCUUUUCUGCCGAACGUCUCUCGCCAAUGUUUCGGAUUGUGUUGUCGAGUCAAAUCCCCAUGAGGCGACUCGCCUUCAGGGCGAGCUGCCUUCUGCGGGUCCGAUCUUGGAAACCCAGCGCUCCGGAACUUCUUGGUUUCAGAAGCUUCGGAGCUCCGUCGCCCACUCAGCGCAAUAGACAAGGGAGCCAGCUCCGGCAUUCGGGGAUCACCCGGCUCCGGACCGGGGGCCGGCUUGUUCGAAGUCGACACACUUGAAUUUCUCAGGCUCUGAAAGAAAAAAGGCGUUUUUCUUUCAGAGCCUGAGAAA